AUGGGCGAUGCAGGCCGACGAGCUUCUCGCCGCAGCACCCGGCUAUCCGAAGGUUCUGAGCAGCGAAUGUUGUCCCAGCCGCCGGUGUCACCGGACUCCGAGGGGUCAGGGCUAUUCACUGGUGAUGGUCAAAACGGCUUUCAACGCAAAUCGGAGGUCCGUCAUCCGGAGCGACCCACCGAACUGACACUCGUUCUUGAUGCAGACAACAUCGACGAGAUGAAGUCCAUCGUCUGGAAAUUCACAGAGCAAGGGGCGUGCGUGAAGGCCCUCAACAAGUACUGCUGCCCCAAGGCUACGCCAGAAGACAUUCGCGCUGGUAAUAUUUUGAUGUUCGUCAGUGAAGAGUUUGUCUUGGACAAAGAAAAGAAGGUCACCCAGCGAAUUUGGAAAGAUGAGCAGCUGGAAAAUCAGUUCCUCACUCUGCGUUUCCGGGCGUGGGGAUGA